AUGCCGGAGGGGCGAGGCGGCGGCCGGCUCGGGGCGCCGGGGCGGCGGCGCGGGGAGCUGCCGCCGGCCGAGAGGCGCAGGGCGGCUGUGGGGCCGCUGGGGCGGGUGCGCCCCGUCCCUCCGCCCCCGCUGCCGCCGGCUCCGCUCCCUCCGCCCCUGCGCUGCCCUCCCCUCCCCUCCGCCCCGCACUUCAAACGGCGGGGGCGGCUCCGCUCCGGGCACCCGCGGGGCCCCGCCGGGACGUGGCACCGGGACGGGGCUGGGGAGCCGCGGGGGGCGGCCAAAGCGGGGUGCUGGGCAGUCCCCCCCACCCUUGUCGGCCGGCGCUGCACCUGGAGGGGAGAGCGGACGCGCCCCUGGGAGUGA